CUAGCAUUGUAGGCCUACCUCGUACGAUUUCAUGAGACAAAUAUCAUUGAUUGAUUGAUUGAUUGAUUGACUGACUGACUGAUUGGUUGAGUAUUAACUCGCUGUGGGUAGGCUACUCUGCCAGUCCAGCAGAGGGCGGUGGUGACCUCGCUGCUGCUUCCUUUGCUCAUGAAGGAAAAGCACUUCCGUUGUUCCACUCUGUCACUUUGUACAGCGAGACAGGCAGAAUGGCAGGCCGUCGUGUAGCCCUGAAGGCCAUUGACUGGCUGGCGUUUGCUGAGCGGGUUCCACCCAACCAGAGGGGCAUGUUCAACGCACUGAAAACUCGCAGCGAUGCCAUCUCUGCCAAACUAACUUCUCUGCCAGAGACUCCUGCAGCCAUUGACUGGAGUUUCUACAGGAGCACAGUGGCCAAAGCCGGGAUGGUUGAUGAGUUUGAGAAGAAGUUCAAAGCCCUGCAGAUCCCGGAGCCUGUGGACACACAGACAAGCGCCAUCAGUUCACAGGAGGCUGAAUCUAAUAAAAGUGCAUCUGCCUAUAUUGAAGGAUCUAAGGCCCGCAUCGCUCAGUAUGAGCAAGAGCUGGAUAAGUUUAAGAACAUGAUCCCCUUCGACCAGAUGACCAUCGAGGACCUCAACCACACCUUCCCCGAGACCAAGUUGGACAAGGUCAAACACCCCUACUGGCCCCACAAACCCAUUGCGGAACUGUAAUCCUAUUACUGGACACUCACCUCACAAUAAAGUUUAUGUAUUUUAAAUCAAA